UCCGUCCUCACUAAAAUGGCCGCGGGUCUGGGCCUGUUACAUUCCUCAACGGUUACUUGUGGUUGCUAAGCAACCUCAAACGCCUCGGGGAGAGGAACAUAAUGGGACAGGACCUGAAGCAAUACCUGACGAGACCCGUCUACACUGUACCGGGAGAUAUUUCUGCUGAUCGCUUCUUACUGAACCUCACUGGAGAUGUGGACCGUUAGUCAACUGCUGCUGUCAUCUUGUUAUUAAGCUGCUGGGUAGUGAUUGUUGAGACAUGGGGUCAGAGUCGGUGAAGGUGGUGGUCAGGUGCAGGCCCCUGAAUGACAGGGAGAAGGCGCUCAGCUGUAAGAUGGUGCUGUCCAUGGACCUGCAGCGCUGCCAGUGCUUCAUAGAAAAGCCAGGUGCAGUGGAUGAGCCACCUAAACAGUUCACCUUUGAUGGGACCUACUAUAUUGAUCAAGCAACUGAGCAGAUGUACAACGAGAUUGCCUAUCCUUUGGUUGAGGGUGUGACUGAGGGAUACAAUGGGACAAUUUUUGCCUAUGGACAAACUGGAAGUGGAAAAUCUUUCACCAUGCAAGGGGUGUCUGAACCUGCAACCCAGAAGGGUGUCAUCCCACGGGCCUUUGAACACAUCUUUGAGAGCAUUCAGUGUGCAGAAAAUACGAAAUUCCUGGUGAGGGCCUCCUACUUGGAGAUUUACAAUGAAGAAAUCCGAGAUCUUUUGGGAAGCGACACCAAGCAGAGAUUGGAGCUGAAAGAGCACCCAGAGCGUGGGGUAUAUGUACGGGACCUUUCCAUGCACACUGUGCACAGUGUGGGAGAGUGUGAAAGAAUCAUAGAGAAAGGCUGGAGGAACCGGGCGGUGGGCUACACGCUGAUGAACAAAGACUCCUCACGCUCCCACUCAAUCUUCACCAUCCACCUGGAGAUCUGCAGCACUGAUUCAUCUGGCCAGGACCAUCUACGGGCAGGAAAACUCAACCUUGUGGACCUUACCUUAUGUAGGCAAAAUGUUGAAUUUUAUUCCCUCAUGUUGGCGAGCAAGCUUUCCGAAAAAGAUCCAGAUAGAGCUGGGCUCUUGGAGUCUUCUGAUGCAACUGCACCGGGGCCCAGAUUCAAAACAGCAUCUUUCUGUUGGGAAGAAAGCAUAUGUGUUAAGGGUUUUCUGUAAAUUUCAAGGAGCAAUCAGAAAGUUUGGGUUAUCCACCCAUAGAAAUCUCUUUCUCUAUCCUAAGAUCUCCUUUUCAUGCACCCCUGCUCUUGACAAAUUUUACUCCUUAAAAGUCAAAUUUUAAGGUGUGUGUGCAAUUUCACCAGAGUGGGAUUGUACAUUGUGAAUUCAUGCCCCACUUUCAGACUAUAAAUGCAGACUUGUGCGUUAACAUCCUGGGGCAUCUGUGGGAGAACAUCCAGUGGAAAGAGCCUUAACAACAGCAUCACCAAACAAUGAAAAGGCAACAGUUUUGCGGCCACAAAAAACCCUUCAUUGAUGCGAAAUUGAUCAAAAACCUAAAAAUAGAGAAUGAUUGGAUAAAACAUAUCCUGAAGGUGUGGACAACAAUUCGGAAAAAAUUGGGGGGCCCCGUGUCCACCUCGAGAGCCAUGCCAGUGAGAGGCAAUAUAGAAUUCUUGCCUUCCGUGUGGUACAGUGGCUUUAGUAGAUGGACCAAUGCAGGCCUUUACACAAUAAAUCAGUUAUUUAAUGGAACAGAGCUCAAAUCAUUUAGCCAGCUCCAAGAACAAUUCCAACUUCCUCCUAAAGAUUUAUAUAGAUACCUCCAGAUAAGACAUUAUAUCCUAAACCACAAAGAAAGAGACCUGAUCAUUAAAUUUCCUAACAACAUAGAAGAAUACUUUAUUAACAUUAUAGAAAAACAUCUCCCAACUAAGAAACAUGUCUCUCAUAUUUACAAAAGGCUUAUAAAUGAGUCGUGCCAAAAUACAGGCCAUAUUAAAGAGAAAUGGGAACUAGAACUAAAUAUUAUUAUUACUGAUAAUGUAUGGGAAGAGCUGUGUAAAACUUGUCACAAGGGAAUAAGUAGUCAAUUAUGGAGAGAGUUUGACUGGAAGUUUAAAAUUAGAUUUUUUUAAUACACCUCUUGUUAUCUCCUCAUAUUGUAAGGAACCCAAUGCAGAACUAUGUUGGAGAAAAUGUGGGGGAAUAGGAGACUAUUCACAUAUCUUUUGGGACUGUCCAAUAAUACAAGGUUUCUGGUUAAGAAUCAAAGAAGAGAUAGAGAAAAUCCUACAAGUAAGUACUGCACUAAACCCCACCAUAUUUCUUUUGGGAGUUAUACCUAGGGAGAGGUAUACCUUAGAUGAAAAAUAUAUUCUGCGGAUACUCUUACUGAUAGCUAAGAAAAUGAUAACUGUGAACUGGAAACAAACAACCUCACCAUCCAUAGCACAAUGGAAACAGAGACUAAAAAGAGUUCAUACAAUGGAACGAAUGACAGCAAGCUUGCAACUGAAGAUGGACAUCUUUUACCAGAGAUGGAACUGUUUGGCCAGAUACUUGGGUGAAUGAACAAGAACUCUGGAACAUUGUAAUAUAAAGCUAUAAAUCUCCCCUACGACAUGUUAUUGUAUUGA